AUGAUACUUCACCCAGACGUGCAAUCUCGCGCACUCGCGGACAUCAAUGCCGUCUGUGGAGAUAACAUCCCAAGCUUUGAACACAAACCAUUACUGCCCUACAUCGAAGCCACUUAUCGAGAAGUUUUUAGAUGGCAGCCCAUCGGACCACUAGGGCUGCCACAUGUGGCGUCUCAAGAUGAUGUUUACGAAGGAUACUUGAUCCUGAAAGGUCCGCAUAUUUACACCAAGGGCUCUAUCUCGAGACGAGGGCCUCUAUCCCAGGCAUCUCAAUUUACUCUUGAAAGACAUCUAACCGCUGAGAGGAAAUUGAAAGAUGAACCCCUUGCGGGACACUUCGGCUUUGGCUUUGGAAGGCGUAUCUGCCCGGGGCGCCACUUCGCUGAGCUCACUUUAUGGGCCGCUGUGGUUUCCAUUUUGUCUACUGUUCGCAUCACGAAAGCGAAACCCUCUGAAGGCAUAGAUAUUCCAGUGAUUCCGGAGUAUACCGCUGGUCUCGCCGUUCAACCAAAGCCUUUUGCUUGUGCCAUUACGAGUAUAAAUUUGCAGAGUGUGGAACACAUGUCUCGGAUAGCUUAA